CCCACAGUCUUCCUCUUCCUCACAAUUAUUCGAGCGUUAUAUCCCAUCAAGCAAAGAAACAUAUAUACGAUACACCCACUAUGCUCUCCCAAACGUGCGCGCUCUAGAGGCCUCGCCUCGCUGGUUCAAACACCAUGCGCGCCGCUUUGCUCUCCCCGCAGUAUGCCCUUCAUUCACCAAAACGCAAACGCGCUGACAGCACGAAUGAUUCCGAUACAAAGCCCUCCACUCACUUCAUCCCCCGGCUCAAUAUACCGGCAGUGUCCGAAGAUGCAAGAACGCCUCCUGACAGCCCAAGGGACCGUGUGGCACAGGAAUUGUCGGGCUUACGACUGAAGGAGAUGGACGAGGGUGUCAGGAUCAUAGACUUUGGAGUUGGACACGCUGGAUCGGGAAACAUCAUGGACCCGGCAAGCAAAAGAAUAAAGAUUGAUGAGAACGUGGCCCACCCCGGCGGUUGUGGUCGAUCCGAGAAUGGAGAUACGCAGAUGCUUGAGAUACCCGAGACACCGCAGACGUCGUUUGGCAGCACGGUGUCCCGCAAUGCUGCAAUACCAGAAACGCCUCAGAUAUCCGUGACUACGGAGCUCUACGAGGCUAUGGGGCACCACAAAGGCUCACCGCCGCCGAGUCAUCCUCAAGAUGACAGAUUGAAUCCAAUUCCUAUACCACCAUCCAACACCCCACCUCCGAAGCAACGCUCACCCUCACCCGUCCCUGUCCUGAAUUUCUUCUGGCGGGACUCUGAGAUCACCGGCCAUCUUGGUGAGGACCCGGAAGAUGAUGGCGUGGGGAUCAACGGCGUGGGCUUCAGGCCAACCCCACAGAUCGCACAAGCAAGGACAAUAAAGAGACGACAGCAAGUCAAUGACUGGAAAGCCCGUGAGGCACGAGAGGCUCGGCAGCGACGAAGCGAAAGGAGGCGAGGGGAAAUAACAAGGGCCAAAUCCGAGACUGGCGGGCAACGGAGGGUGGUACGGUUUGCCUAGAGUGGCACCGGUUAUGUCUUUGAUGAAUUCUACGACUGAGUUGGCUAUGGCGCACUUGGCGUUCCAGAACGGAGCGUUGGAUAACUUAUGGUCGACUUUCUCUUAUCGGGAUUAUUAGGCGUUCGUUAUUCUUGAUUUAUCACCCUGUUGUGGGUCAAACACCUCACGCUCCGAAGCGAACUAGGCAUUCCUCGUGUUGCAUGCAUAUGCUGAUAUCAAGCUGGCGGAAUGGCACAGUUGGGACUAAACCUUUCAGCAUAUCGGGCUUGUGCUCAAUAGAUGCCAGCAUUCAGCGAAUUUAGAAUUGCGCUUGUUAUACCUACAAGCGUAAAGUGCACUCUCUUACAGCCCUUUUGUGUGGUGUCGUCGCCCCACUCAAACGUGUCACAAUUCCGUUACUGUGCCAACGUCCGCAUUGGGUACAACCACAACAUCUCAAACUUGGAUA